AUGCCCCGCUUUAAUCGACGGGAGCAGCUCCCGCUCCAUAUCAAGCGUGCUAUUUGCGCGCACCACGUCGACAACCCCCGCCUGCGUCAUGUUGACCUGGCGAGGUGGUGCUACACGCAGUACGGAUUGCGCCCGGAUCGCUCCACUGUCGGCCGCAUAUUGAAGCUCGCCGAGCGAUGGGCUGUCACGGCAACCGGCGACAACCAAGUGCGCCGUCGAGGUGGCGCAUGGCCUGAGCUGGUGCAGGCCAUGGCGCGGUGGAUUGUAAACGCAGGGCCCGCUGGCGUGCCUCUGACGCUGCAGACCAUUCGCGACCAUGUCGCGACGAUGUCCCGGAACAUGGGCAUUCCGCCCUCAUUCCGCUGCUCCAUCGGCUGGGUGCGCCGUGCUUUGAGGCGCCAGGGAGUGAGGUGCCGUGCAGCACAAGGCGAGGCAGCUAGCGCGGACAUGGCCGCCGUGCGCCACGCACGUGAGAAGCUGCCGCAACUCCUCACGCAUCUCGGUGUCACCCCGCGGGACACUUUCAAACUCGAUGAGACGGCGCUCUGGCUGUCAGUCCUCCCUCGGCGCUCUUACAGCAACGGCCGCAUUCCCGGCCGCAAAGUAUCGAAGGAGCGGCUCACCGUGGCAUUCCUCGUGAAUGCUGACGGGAGCCACGUAUUCCGAUCGCUCGUGAUCAGUAAGGCGAAGCGGCCGCAUGACUUUCGUCCGGAUUAUGACCCUGAAUCCCUUUGCUACUGGCGGCACAACGCGAAAGGCUGGAUGACCUCGCCGUUAUUCACACAUUUCAUAUCGCAGCUCAAUGCUGCGAUGUACGCCGAAGGUCGCAAGAUCGUGUUGCUGCUCGACAACGCGAGCAGCCACAUGCUCCGCUCUGAGCUCGCAUGGAGCGAGAUCGUCUGCGGCAUGCGGACGACCUGCAUGAGCAACGUGCGGCUCGUCUUCCUGCCGCUGAAUACCACCGCAUUCACACAGCCGCUCGAUCAAGGCAUCAUAGCCACCGUAAAGGCCCGCUACCGACAGCAUUGGCUGCGGGCCUUCUCGGCUUUGUGGAACGGCGACGGCGCGACUUCCGCCGUCGCGCGUUUCCGCCCGAACUUGUGCGAUGUCCUCGCGUGGCUGUCGGACGCGUGGACCUCGGUCGGCGCGCGCACCAUUCAACGGUGCUGGUGGCGCACGAAGUGUCUGCCGCUCUCGUGGUCCCUGGAGCUGACGCAGGUAUACGACAAUGAGCCCUCCCCCGCCGUCUACCCCAACAUCGAGCUCGACGACGACAUCGACGAUGUCGGGACGCUUAUUAGCGGGCUCGCCCUCGGGAAUGCGGCGAUGACGGCCGCAGAGUACGUCGCCAUCGACGACGGCGAGCCAACGUGCGCCGAGGGCGCUGCGGGACAGCCCACGACUGAGCCGGAGGCGGGCCUAGAGGUGGAGCUCUGGCACGCGCCGACGACCAUGCAAGCCGUCUACGACGACGCCGACCCAGUGUGCCGCGAAGCGCGGCGCACUGCACAGGCAGCAUGCGAGAUGCUAAUCGGAUAUGCACGGGCCACCCGCAUCACGCCGCGCGAUCUGUGCCAUCUGUUCGAUAUCCGCAACCCCAUCGUAAUCGCGCGGAUGGAGCGGGCGAGCCCGUCAUUCAACCUCAACGUGGCGCCUCAGCCCGUACCCUCCCCGGACGCAACUCCCACGCCCGAGACCCCUCGUCCGCGUGGCCGUGUGCUGCCCGGCUGGAUGACCCGUCCGUCUCGCCGUCAGGAGUUGUUUGACGCCGGUGUGGGCGCCGUGAUGGAUGGGUAUGUGGACGCGGCUGAGUGGAUGCGUCUGUGA